AUGCAGAUCACCAACUUCCUCGUCGCCAUGACUUUGGCUGCUACCAGCGCUGCUGUCCCGGCCUACAAGCGUGGCUCUGAUCUCGCUACUUAUGAGCAAUGCAUGACCAUCGCUUACGAUCCCAACCAGGGGAUGGCCUUUUAUAAGGUUCCCGCUGCCAGGCAGGCAGACGUCCAGACUCAGUGUAGGACCUGCAUCAUGAGGAUUGCUGGUUGUACUAACUCUGAUGCUUGUCGUGCGAUAUACAAUGCUUGUGCGGAAGAGAUGCAACUAACGCUCGACUAG